AUGAACAGAAGUACUGUCUGGGGAGGAGCUCCGAAAGGCAGCUUUAAGAAAAAGCUACCAGCUUGCAAAAACUCAUUCAAUCAAGCCGCUUGGGAUCGUCUCAAGGAUCGCUACGACAAUGCUCAUUCGGACACCUAUGAACGCACCAUUUACAGGGCCAUGGCGUCCUUGGCCGCUGCCAAAGAACCCAUCAGUACCUACAAAGAUGCCAUGAACUUGCAAAAUGUAGGAAAGCAUUGCGCUUCCAUUAUUUGUCCUCCUCACGACGACACAGAACAAGAACGAACUCUGGUGGAAAAACCACAGAAACGAGGGAAAAAGACUGGAGUCCAGAGUCAGGACAUACAACAGUUCAUGCCAAGACAAAAUGGCGACGAUCCAGCUCCUCCUAAGAGGGUCAAAAAGAGUGCGGCCAAAACCGACAAUAGUAGUGCUCCAUCUGCCAAGGAAGUGGCCUAUCAAAAGGCAAAACAAACCGCCAUGGACAAGUGCUCGCAUCCGAUUGCCCGUGGAUUGGAAUGGAAAGUCAUCCUACUUGUGGACAACCGGGAACAAAAGAGUGAACACGUCUUGAGUAAAUGCGCCAUGAGUGGCAUUCCGGCAGAAGAACGGUCCUUGCCGAUUGGUGACAUGACAUGGGUGGCACAGGGGAUGCGAAAGCAUAGAAUCCAGGGAACGACCACGGUGGUUGUCGAGGUCGAAGUCUUGUUGGGAACCAUCAUUGAACGCAAAUCCACCAGUGAUUUGGUCAGUAGUUUUAUUGGGACACGCUACAAUGAACAGCGGCUACGGCUCAAAAAUGCGGGACAACCACAGGUACUCUACUUGAUUGAAGGGGACAUGCAACGGGACGUCCAUCCUUGCAUACCCAAGGAACGAAUGCAAAUGGCAUUGAUUGAAACACGUGUCGACUUUGGCUUUCAAAUUGUAUUUACAUCGCAUAUGGAUGACACUGUCAAAACAUUGAAAAGAUUUCAUCGACGCGUAUUGCAACGGGCAUUCCCCGACGCCUUUGGCCUUUCCGAUGACGCCCUGCCCAGUUUUCACAGCCCUGAAGCUAGACGACAGCAACAAUAUGCACCAACGCAGGGUCGACGACGCCGACGACGGCCCGAGUCCUUGGUAGAAAUGACCUUUGACACGCCACCAGUUCCGGCAUUUGGCGAAUCACGCUUCAUUACCUACGAAGAACUUGAUGCCAAGAUCAAGCGUGAUCGAGAGGCAGGAACUCGAACCGUGGGGGCGCUGCAUUGUGCCAUGCUGCGACAAAUAUGCGGAAGCAAGCAAGUCCAGAGUAUCGUGCAGGACUAUCCCACACCGGCUCUGCUGUUGCAAGCAUAUGACGAGGUAGCCGACAAUCCAAAGACACAAGCAGAAUUGGUGGCCAAUUGCUGUUUGGAUGCAGGGGAAACAAAGGGGGGCAACCGAAGAGUGGGGCCCAAAAUCGCGCGAGAUGUCUACAUUGCCUACUGCAGCACACCGCAUCCUUCAAAACGGCCGGCUACCGUUGCUGCGGAAGAUCGUAAAGAGCCAUCUUCCAACAAACGAGCAAAAGCCUCAGAGACUUCCGUUGCGCCAAAGAAAAGUAGCAACCAGACAGCAGCCGAGCAGCGUGCAACAGCAGCCAAGAAGCCACCGCCAUACAUACCAUUGCAAAAGGAGAGCUCCGGCAAUGUUUCCAAUAUCAACGUACUCUACUCGUCAGAGGACGAUGAUAGCGACAAUGACAGUCUACCAAGAAAGGCGGCCGUGCCCUGGGCCGUGGGAAAGGAGAACAACCAUUCCGCGAAUACAAGGUACUCCAAAGCCUCUGCCAGCGGCGGUUCCCUCUCCAGUCGGACAGAUCCCAAGAAAAAACCGGCAAAAACUCCAAAGGAGGAAGUGUGUUUGUUGGACGACAGUAGCGAUGAUGAUGGGAACGUUGCAUCCUUGAAACCCAUGGUUGCUCCACGAAAGCCAUUGAAAAAGGCAGGGGUUACUGCCGUGGAUGCAAUUGAAAUUGAUUAG